AUUAUACUUUGUACCGAACAUUCAACUUUGCUUUUAAAGGGUUUUUCCUCUCGUGUACUGUUACAAACUUUGACGUUUCAAUAUGAACACCGUCAAUGUUGGCAUAUCAGUAGGAAUAUAUUCAGCUUAUUUCUGAGAAACUAGUUCAAAUAAAUACAUAUGCUGGUCUUUAAAUGUACAGAAGCUGGUGGUGGCUAGGAAUUUUUAGAAGAAAUAUUAGAGCUUGGGAGAAGUUACAGCCAUGACAAUUGUCAUGCGAGGUGGCCAAAUUGGUGGAGGUGAUUCUCCACAAGACAAUGCUCCAACACAACCACCUAGAAAUAAUCCUGUACCUAGUCCCAAUGUUUUACCAGAAAGUGAUGGCAGUGGUGAUCAAGAUGAAGGGGUUGAUUUACCAGAGGGACAAGAGCCAGAUUUUCCGGUUGCAGAAUUGGCACGAUUGGACGAAAUGAUCAACAGACCUCGUUGGGUUGUUCCUGUUCUGCCUAAAGGAGAACUGGAAGCUCUUUUGGACGCUUCAAUUAAUUUAAGUAAAAUAGGUUUAGAUACACGUUCUGAAGCCUGUCAACGAUUUUUUAGAGAUGGGCUGACUAUAUCAUUCACAAAAAUUCUUACAGAUGAAGCUGUUAGUGGAUGGAAAUUUGAAAUACAUAGGUGCAUUAUGAAAAAUUGUGAACAUUUAGUCCAACUCUGUGUACUGAAAUUAAAUCAAGACUGUUUACCUUUGCUUGAAUUAUUAGCAAUGGUACUUAAUCCAAAUAGCAAAUUUCACACGUUUAAUGGAACAAGACCAUCUGAGUCUGUUCCAACUGGUUCCCAAUUACCCGAUGAAGAGAUUUUCGCUCGACCUUCAGACCUAAGAACACCUAAAGGUUGGCUGGUUGAUUUAAUUAAUAAAUUUGGUAAUCUUGGAGGGUUCACUCUUCUUUUGGAACGGUUUCAGAGUGAUAAUGCUAUUUCAGUUCCUGUUAUAGCUGCUCUUAUAAGGCCAUUUGGGAUGUGCCAUGAUUUGCUCACUGUUCAUACUAUAGAAAAAUAUUUUAUGCCAAUAGUUGAAAUAGUGCCAUCUUUUUUGGACAAUUUAACUGAUGAGGAACUGAAGAAAGAGGCCAAAAAUGAGACAAAAAAUGAUGCUUUAUCUGGAAUAGUUAAGGCUCUAAAAUGUUUGGCUGCGAAAGUCCCUAACCAAGAAACAACUGUUAAAAACUUAGAAACAUUUCGAUUGAAAAUGAUUCUUAGGUUACUUCAAAUUUCAUCAUUCAAUGGGAAAAUGAAUGCUCUUAAUGAAGUCAAUAAAGUGAUAGCAAGUGUAUCAUAUUACACACAUAGGCAUGCUAAUCCAGAAGAGGAAGAUUGGUUAACGGCAGAAAGAGUGGCUGAAUGGAUUAAAGAAAAUAAGGUUCUCCAAAUUGUUCUCAGGGAUAGUCUUCACCAACCUCAGUAUGUUGAAAAAUUAGAAAAGAUUCUUAGAUUUGUGAUAAAAGAAAAAAGUCUGACUCUAGAAGAUUUAGACGACAUUUGGGCAGCUCAAUCGGGAAAGCACGAAGCAAUUGUAAAAAAUGUUCAUGACCUACUUGCUAAAUUAGCAUGGGAUUUCACCCCUGAACAACUUGAUCAUUUGUUUGAAUGCUUUCAGACUAGUUGGACCAAUGCAAGCAAGAAGCAAAGAGAAAAAUUACUGGAGUUAAUAAGAAGGCUUGCUGAAGAUGAUAAAGAUGGAGUAAUGGCUCAUAAGGUGUUAAAUUUGCUAUGGAGUUUAGCACAUAGUAAUGAUGUUCCUACAGAUAUUAUGGAUCAAGCAUUAACUGCACAUGUGAAAAUUUUAGAUUAUAGCUGUUCACAGGAUCGAGAUUCCCAAAAAACUCAUUGGUUGGAUAGAUGUGUCGAGGAACUUAAAGUUGACAGUUGGGUUCUUCCAGCCCUGAAGCAGAUCCGAGAAAUCUGUAAUUUGUAUUCUGAAGCUCCUCCAAAUUUUAAUCAUGCACAGAGAUCUCCACACAUGUUUUAUCGGCAUGAAGUCAUUAAUCGCCUGCAACAACAUCACUCAUUAGUUAUUCUUGUAGCUGAUAAUUUAACUGCUUACAUGAAGAAAGCUCAUGUCCUGGCCAAAGAACACCCUGAUUUGGAUCCCAAUUCUGUGUCUCCAGAUAGUAGGUUUAGUCAUGUACAGCAAGUUCAAGAAAGGCUGAAUUUUUUAAGGUUUCUUUUAAAAGAUGGUCAACUUUGGCUCUGUGCACCGCAAGCUAAGCAGAUUUGGUCCUGUCUUGCUGAAAAUGCUGUGUAUGUAACUGAUAGAGAAGCAUGCUUUAAGUGGUUUUCUAAGCUUAUGGGUGAAGAACCAGAUCUUGACCCUGAAAUUAAUAAAAACUUUUUUGAAGAAAAUGUUCUUCAAUUAGAUCCUUGUUUAUUAACUGAAAGUGGCAUCAGGUGUUUUGAUCGAUUUUUUAAAGCUGUAAAUUCUAAAGAAGGUAAAUUAAUAGCCAAGAGGAGAGCUUUCUUAAUGAAUGAUCUAGAACUCUUGGGAUUAGAUUACUUGUGGCGAGUUGUACUUUGUGCUAAUGAAGAUGUUGCCAAUAGAGCAAUAGAACUUUUAAAAGAAACUUAUACAAACUUAGGACCCCGGUUACAAACUAGUCAAAUGGAAAUACAUGAAGAUUUUGUACAGUCCUGUAUGGAUCGUUUAAGAGCAGCAUUUGAUACAAUUACUGUUCUUGAAGGAGAUAAAGAUAGUGUAAAUAGAGUACGUCAAGAAACUACAAGAAUGGUUCGUAUUUUAAAAGUUCUGAGGGAAUAUGUUGGACAAUGUGAUGGUGAUUAUGGUGAAGAAAGGUCAAUUUUACCCAUGGCAAGGGCACAUCGUGGGAAGCAGCUAUCUCUUACAAUAAGAUUUUCAAAUCAAGGCCGUAGUUUCGAUGAUACGGAAGUAUGGACUCAUAUGAAUGAUACUUUAGGAGCAGUAAGACGCCAAAUUUUGACAAGAGUCAAAGCUAACAAUGUAAAUAUGAAAGUAGAUUUAUUUGUCAAUGGUGAAUUACUGGAUCCUGCUGAUGAUAAAAAAUUAGUUUCACAGUUGCCACUCAGGGAUAAAAUGAUCAUAUCUGCAAAAUUGUGUCAGAUUGGCACAAACAUGCCGUCUUCUCCAGAUUCUAGCUCGGAUAGCUCUACUGGUUCUCCUCAACAUCCCUUUGAUGGGCCUAAUGUGGAAGCUGAAAAUUGUCUUCCUGGUGUGUUGAUGUCGCAACAGCAAGGUUAUGCUCAGUUUCUGUUCCAACUGGCCGACUUAGGAUGCAAUUUAAAUAUCCCUGCACUUCGUGAUGAAGCUCAUGCAGUGCUAAAAUUGAUGCCACCUGACACACAUACAUAUGAGAAGUUAAAGACAAUAUGUCUAGAAAACUCCAAAAUGGGAGAGAAGUCCUCAUCGCCAUCCUUAGAAAGUAUCUUUUAUGCCCCAUCAUCAUCUGAAGUUCUCUAUACAUUGGAGGUUGUAUAUACCCUUCUUAUGCCUGCUCAUAAUCCCAUGUCUGAAGAAGCUCAAAGUUUCCAGUACAACUUUGUCCGUAGUGGAGGUGUUCCAGUAACCCUUGGAAUGUUGACUAAGAAUAAUUUCCUUUCCAAUGCUGAUGUCCCCACUAAAAGAGCCGCCUAUUUGAUAGUGCUUAAAAUCUGUAAACUCUUGUUAACCACAGUUGGAAAAUGUAUUGUGCAAGUCGAAACAGAAGCUAUUAGUUCACGUAGUUCUCCUGGCUCAUUGUCACCAACAUCUCCAAAUUCAAUGCUCACUGGCAAAGUAGCUGUUCUGCAGCAAGCUCUGACCCACAUCCCAAAUCCAAAUUCAGAAUUCAUGUUGAGGAAUGUGUCAGCAAGACUAGCACAGCUUCUUCAUGAUCAGGCAAUUGCCCAUCGUCCAGAUUUGAAUACUGUCAAAGCUAUUAUGAAAAUGGCUUGGGCAUCUUCUUCUGGUUCCAUGGAAUUGUUGCAAAAUUCUAAUGAAGAGCUUCAUGCUUUGGUGGAAAAGGUUUGCAAACCAAUUGAAUCGGAAGAAAUUCAGUUGUGCCGUGAAGCUUUAGAAGUUUUAGCUAUAGCUUUAGCUUUGUAUUCAGAGGCCUUAGAUACACUUAUGAAAGAGAAGGCUUGGCAUUUGUUUAUUGUAGACCUAUUGUUAAUUUGUAAAAACCGCUCCAUCAGGAUAUGUGCUUCAGAUCAAUUUUUAUUAAUUGCAACCAAGUGUUAUUUUGGUCAUCAGUGCCUUGUUUUCUCUAUUACUUUGCUUUUUACCCAACUGAUGACAACAGUGAAAGACUAUGCUAGGAGUUCCCAUGAAUAUUUUACAUUGCUGUGUCGUUUACUUAAUUAUGCUUGUGUGAGUAAUUGUCCUCUUCCAACUGCUCAGAAUUUAUUAAACAAUGAAAUUGAUUGGUUAAAGGCAGUGCGGAACAAAGUCCUUACAAUUGGUGAUAGUCAAGUGGAUGAAGCAUUGCUUGAAGGUCAUCUUGGAGUUACUCGAGAACUUGUAUCAUUCUUGGGUCCCGAUAAGAAGUUUGAAGUUGGUGCUGAUCCAAAUGCACAGAGAGGAAAUUUAAUUAAAGAACUUGUUGAGGAUUUCAUAUUUCCUGCUUCACGGGUUGUAUUGCAAGUGCAACGUAAUGGCGGUGAGCUACCAUCUGAGCAAGCUAUUCCUGUUUGUUCAUCAUCUUCGUCUGUUGUUGCUGCUUUCGACUUGCUUGUAGCUCUUUGCACUGGUUGUGUUCCAAACUUGAGGCUUCUUGUUGACAUGCUGUGUGAAAUGUUUUACUCAGUUAAUGAUCCACCUCUUACUGAAUGGGAAUACCUCCCACCUGUGGGCCCUAGACCUCCAAGAGGAUUUGUUGGGUUGAAAAAUGCUGGUGCAACCUGUUACAUGAAUUCUGUCCUACAACAACUGUAUAUGAUAGAAGAUAUUCGUAAUGGUAUUCUAGCUGUUGAAGGGGCAGCGACAGAUCCAAAUGAAGAUUUUUCAGGAGAAGAACGACUUGAAAAUGAGCAGGGUAUAUCUGAAGAUAUGGAAGGCUCAGAAGAAAAAGGGUCUCGAGAAGAGACAAGGAAAGAGUACAAUCUAGGUGUACUAAAGCAAGUUCAGGCCAUCUUUGGGCAUCUAGCUUGCAGUAAAUUACAAUAUUACGUCCCAAGAGGUUUUUGGAGGCAUUUUAAGCUUUGGGGUGAGCCAGUUAAUUUGAGAGAACAACAUGAUGCUUUAGAAUUUUUUAACAGCUUGGUUGAUAGCUUAGAGGAAGCUUUAAAGAUCUUAAAUCAACCAUGUAUUUUAUCACAAAUUCUAAGUGGGUCCUUUGCUGAUCAGAAAAUUUGCAAAGACUGUCCACACAGGUAUUCGAGGGAAGAAUCAUUUACUGCCUUGAAUAUAGAUAUUAGAAACCACAGUAAUUUGCUGGAUUCCUUGGAACAGUAUGUUAAAGGUGAUCUGUUAGAAGGAGCAAAUGCAUACCAUUGUGAAAAGUGUAAUAAAAAGGUUGAUACUGUAAAAAGACUAUGUAUUAAAAAACUACCUCCAAUAUUAGCUAUCCAAUUAAAAAGAUUCGAUUAUGACUGGGAAAGAGAAUGUGCCAUCAAAUUCAAUGAUUAUUUUGAGUUCCCUCGUGAAUUUGAUAUGGAACCUUAUACGGUCAAGGGAUUAGCCAAAAUAGAAGGAGAAAUAAUUGAAGAAAACUUUAAUGUCGACAAUGAAUCUUGCUGUACAAAAUAUAUAUUGACAGGCAUUGUGGUUCACAGUGGUCAGGCUAGUGGUGGUCACUACUAUUCUUAUAUUUUACAUAGGCAUAGUGAUGGCAAUUACAAAUGGUAUAAGUUUGAUGAUGGUGAAGUUAUGGAAUGUAAAAUGGAAGAUGAUGAGGAAAUGAAGAAUCAAUGUUUUGGUGGAGAUUAUAUGGGAGAAGUUUUCGACCAUAUGCUGAAGCGAAUGUCUUACAGGAGGCAAAAACGAUGGUGGAAUGCUUAUAUUUUAUUUUAUCGCAGAGUGGACAUGGAACAAGACAUAGCUAGGAGCUUAAAUGAACUUUCAUUGUCUGACAAUAAACAGAAUGUAAUGAAAAUGCCAGUAGCCAUUGAAAGAAGUGUGAGACGACAAAAUAUCAGGUUUAUGCAUAAUAGAAAUCAAUUCAGCUUAGAAUAUUUUCAAUUUAUGAAGAAAUUAAUCAUGUGUAAUGCUCCAUAUGUAACAGUUCCGAAUAAUCAUGAUAAAUUAAGUCCAGAAGGUGAGGAAUUGGCUUUGGUCAGCAUUCAGUUAGCAUCAAAAUUCCUUUUUACCACUGGUUUUCAUGCUAAAAAAACCCUUAGAGGGCCUGCAAAUGACUGGUAUGAUGCCUUGUGCAUCCACCUUCGUAACAGCUGUAAUGUGCGACGAUGGUUUGCAAAUAAUGUUCUAUUUUCCAAUCCACAUGUUUUCUGUGAAUAUCUGCUUGAAUGUCCUGGUUCAGAGGUUCGUAGUGCCUUCAUGCGCAUCCUUGUCUUCAUUGCACAUUUUGCUUUGCAAGAUGGUCCAUAUACUCCUCCAGUUUUAGAAAAUUUGCCUUUUACCAGCGAUUCCAAUUCUACGCUAGCUCAUCAUUUAAUUGUAGCUGUUUUAAGCUUACUGAGAAAAGAAGUAUCUGAGCAUGGAAGGCAUCUUACUCAAUAUUUUAGUCUCUUUGCCAUGUUUGCUUCUCUUGGUGUUGCUGAGAGGACAAUGCUUUUGCAAUUGAAUGUUCCUGCUACUUUUAUGAAAGUUGCUUUAGACGAGGGUCCUGGUCCCCCAAUAAAAUACCAAUAUGCUGAAUUAGGGAAACUUUACCAAGUUGUCAGUCUAUUAAUACGAUCAUGUGAUGUUAGCAGUAAAUGUCAGUCAUCACAUGGUGGUGCACCUUUACCAAAUCCAUUUGUUGGAGACAAUAUUUGUCAAGAAUAUAUAAUGCCUAUUCAACCUGAAGUUGCUGACAUAUUAUAUAAUAAUACAUGCUAUUUAAAAAAAAUUGUGGAAGAUGCAAAUACUUCUGAAGACACAUUGAGACUUCUAAAAUUCUGUUCCUGGGAAAAUCCACAUUUUUCAUCAAUGGUACUAAACGAACUGCUAUGGCAAAUAUCUUUUUCUUAUACUUAUGAGCUUAGACCUUAUCUGGACUUUCUGUUACACAUGAUGUUACUUGAAGAUUCCUGGCAAAAUCAUCGCAUCCAUAAUGCUUUGAAAGGUAUUCCUGACGAUAGAGAAGGUCUGUUCGAUACCAUAGCUCGUAGUAAAAAUCAUCAUCAAAAACGGUCUUAUCAAUGCAUAAAGGUCUUGGUAGCAUUAUUUGCAACUUGUCCCGCAGCAGCUCAAAUGUUACAAAGUAAUGGAGAUUUAAAAAGGAAAUGGACAAAUGCUGUUGAAUGGUUAAAUGAUGAAUUGGAGAGACGGCCUUAUCCUACCAAUGCUCAGUAUGGCUAUAAUAAUUGGUCCCCACCUGCUCAGUCAAAUGAAACUUCCAAUGGUCAAUUCUUGGAGCGAUCACAUUCUGCUAGAAUAACAUUGGCUAAAGCAUUUGAUUUAUGCUUAGAUGAGGACAUCGAAGACCAAGAAGGCUCGGAAGAUGAAGAUGAGAUUAUUCCUCCAGAAGACAAAGUAUGGCAGGAUACUGAUUCUGUUCCUCUUCAGGAUAUACAUAGUCCACCCAUUCCUGCUCCUUCUGAUAUUUCAGAUUUGAGGCAUUCAGUGACAGUUCAGAAUGCUCCUGUAUUGCAACCGUCUGAUUCUACAGAAGAACCUGCAGAGACUUCAGAAUUCUACAUCCAACCCAACAUGAGCAGUUCGGCAAAACUUGACCCUGCGUUGAGUUCUAUUUCAUCCCCGACAGUAUAUCUCCCUGUACAAGACAGUUUAUUUAUGAGAGGGGAUAAGUUGUCUUUUCCUAGAUUUGUGCAACCUUGUCAUAAUGAAAAUGCAGAAAGUGUCAAAUCGAGACCUAGAGAAGAUAUAGACGAAUUUUAUAAAGAAUUUGGUAGAUUGAUUAGGAAGAAAAAGGAAGACGAUGUAAAAAGACAAGGGAAUGAGGAAACAAGUAGUAGUAGUAGCACAGAACAAAAAGAGUCGCAAUUAAAAACAACUACAGGUGCUAAAAGAUAUUUCAAUCAGAAGUCUAUAUGAACCUCAACAAGCUGUUACAGUGAUAUUAUUCAUUUUCUGUACUUGCAACAAAUCUUAUUUCCUCAUAAUAUCAAGGCCGCCUUCAUAGGGCAUGAACUUUAAACUACAUGCACUGGAACUGCUAGCAUGCUCAGUGCGAAGUCUUGUAUUAAACUGUUUAUUUAUCAACAUUUAUGUUGUAGGAAAAAAAGUUUUUAGUAGGUUUCAAAAUAUUUUUCCCAUUAUCAUUUUUUUGAAUUAAAACGAUUGAACUGCUUCAUAUUUGAUAUGAAAAGGAAAUAAUUCCUAUGCAAUUAUUAAAAAUUGAGUCAAACUUGUGUGAAAAUUUUUAGCUAUCAGAUUGUAAAUGAAAUUUAUUUCUCAGCUCAUACUUUGUCUUUUUCAUAUGUAAAUUACCAAAUUAAUUUAUUUGGUUUAUAUAAAAAUUCAAAAAAAAUUAGUCAAUUCAUAAAGAAAAGUCAAAUGCAGAAGACAUUUUUAAAAAAAUAUGUUUAUAUUAGUACCAAAUUAUGUAGUUCUUCAAGAAAAUAAGUAUAAACUUGAUUAACUGCAAAACUUUGAUUAGCUCAUUGAUAGUGAAUGCUUUGCCAAAACAUAAUAUUCUGAUAUGUUUUUAUUAUUUAGAAUGUAAAUUUUGAUAAAAAGUUAGUCAAU